CUGGCGAGCCGCUCGCCCCGUGGCCAGUCCGGCGGCCCCGUGGCCUUGCCCGCUUGCCGCCGAGAUGCCGAUGAAAGGCCGGUUCCCCUUCCGGCGGACCCUGCAGUACUUGAGCCAGGGCGACAUCGUCUUCAAGAACGCGGUCAAGGUCAUGACGGUGAACUACAACACGCAAGGGGCGCUGAGCGACGGGGCCAGGAAAUUUGUGUUUUUCAACAUUCCUCAGAUUCAGUAUAAAAACCCCUGGGUGCAAAUCAUGAUGUUUAAGAACAUGACCCCAUCACCGUUCCUUCGUUUUUACUUAGACACUGGCGAGCAGGUCCUGGUGGAUGUGGAGAACAAGAGCAACAAGGAGAUCAUGGAGCAUAUCAAGAAGAUCUUGGGGAAAAGCGAGUUAACGCUCAAGAAAGAAGAGGAAGAAAAAAUGAAGCUCUUUCACCCGGCAAAUUUUGGACCCAAAAAGUACUGUCUGCGGGAGUGCAUCUGUGAGGUGGAAGGGCAGGUGCCCUGCCCUGCUGUUGUGCCACUGCCCAAGGAGAUGACGGGGAAGUACAAAGCUGCUCUCAAAGCCAAUGCCCAGGAAUGAGCCUGCCGUUGCUCAGCCUGGAACUUGUGCAGCCAGGUUAGCAAGUCUGUGACCUGUGGAGCGGUGGCUGUUCGCUGCACCCAGGACCCAUUUAAAGCCACCUUGUGUAAGAGCCAUCUUUUGCAUAGAGACUUCAGAGGUAGUUUGGUUGGUUGGGUUUUAGUUUUUUUUAUGAAAACUCCUUAUUGUAUCAAUAAAUUUUCAGAGGUUUGACUCCUCGAACUUGUUUCUGA